CACAGUUCCUGGACGUUUUUUACGCUGUUGUUACAAACUACAGACUGCAAAGAGCUCGACACGUUGAUUAGGAAGUACAGCCAAUUACAGUGGAAACUGCGCUUCUUCUACUCGUUGUCUAUGAUUUCAAUGGACUUGGUCAUUGUUGUAGCUCUUGUAGUUCUGCAAGUGUCCCUGCAGCCAUCUCUUGCAGCCUUGUUUACAGUGGAGGCAGAGCACACUUCAUAUAAUUCUGAGUAUGGAGGAAAGGUUGUGAUGGGCUGCAGGUUUUCUUCCAAACCAGCAAAUCCUCAAAAUGACCUCAAGGUUACUUGGCACUGGGUGGACGGCAGUACAGAUCAGGAAGUGAUACGGCUAGUAGACAACCUGGAGAGCUCUGCAUCUUCAAAGUUCAAGGGUCGAGUGAAGCUUCUCACUGAUGAACUGAAAAACAACUGGGCAAAGAUACAGAUAUCAGGUCUCGGGAUCACUGACUCAGGGAAGUAUCAGUGUUUGGUUCAAACGAAAGAAGGGACCGAUUAUAAAACUAUAAAUUUGUCAGUUGGAGCACCAUAUCACUCAAUCUCAAAACAGAUUGAGAGGACAGCAGAGGGGGAUAAAGUGGUUUUAACCUGCCAGUCUGAGGGAUACCCUCAGUCUCCUGUUGUGUGGCAGGAUGGGCAACUGCAGAGUUACAGUUCCAACACCACAACUACAACAACGCCAGACGGUCUCAUUAAAGUCGUCAGUCAGAUUGAAGUCAACUCUUCAGAGAAAACAAAAUACACAUGUAACUUUACAAAAGACCACUCAUCUGCAACAUUUCACAUUCCAGAUGAUAUACCACACCGUCAAGGAGAAAAUGACAUCCUCAUCGUUGUUUUGUGUGUAGGAUUAAUAUUGAUCGCCAUUGGUCUUGGAGUGGUCAUUUACCGACGCCGAAAAGGUACCAGAAUUCCCAAGACCCGUAGCUGCCUGGCUGGUGAUGUGGAGUCCAUGUCUGCAGCUGCCUGCCUACAGAAAGACAAAGAAAACGAAGUUGAAGAAGUAGUUAUUGCUGAAGGGAAGGGAUGUCAGUGAGACUCCAAGAUCUACUCACAAAUGCUGGUGAAGUCUUGUCGCCUGAGGAAGGGACUUCCUGGAAGUGGGAAAACAACCGUAGCUGACAUCUUGCUCUCAUCUUGGACUAAUGCUGCUUCUAAUUCCCUUGAGGCCAGCUUUUUGCGUCUUCUUAUGCAUGUCAAUUGCAGCACCUGGAAGGUGACUUGUUCCAGGAAGCAUGAAUGCGGCUCUCUUUUGAUGAAAAUAUAUCAGCGGAGAAGUUGAGGACUGUUCUAUCCUAGUCCAACAAGACUCUGCUACGACUGAAUAAAGAAGGCAGCCACUUUUUCAUGAGACUUUGAGGAGGUUUCUAAGUGAAAGAGGAUCUUAUAGUAUUAGUCACAUCUUUUACGAGAUCUGAAGACAAGAGGGACACUGAAGUGUCAAGUACAAUCUGCAAAGUACUGAGGACAAGAGGUGUUGAACAAAAAACAUGUUACAUUUUUUAAAGAAAUGAUGGUAUGUAUAGUUUUUUUAAAGCCCAAAUAUGCUGCAAUGUAAACACAUU